GCGAUAGCGAACAAAUUGCGAAUAAACUGCGAGCAAACGCUCGAAGGAGUCUAGAAAUAAUCCCGAGCCACUAGGUUUGGGGUUUCUAGGUUUUAUUUCUUACUAAAUUGACGAACAAACUAAGAGUUCUGUUCCCUCAAGCGCACACGAUACCGAUAGAUGUCGACAAUCGAUAUGGAAUAGAAAUCCAAAGAUUUGACAUCUUUUGCAUACAAAUUAAUGACUGAUUUAAUAUCGAAAACCGGAUGGAGUAGAGACAGGAAAUAGGAAAUAGUCCAAUAUUAUAGCGAAGGCUAUGCAAUACCAGAACUAUACCAGAACUCUCCGUAACUGUCCGUAACUGUCCGUAACUGUCCGUAACUCUCUCACUUCCAACAACUGUUGGAACAGUGAAAACAGAUUUGAGUUCUUAUCCCCCCGAAAGUUAUAGCCGUGGAAAGGGAAAUGACGAAGCACUUGGGUUAUUCUGCGCGUAGAUAGAUUUACAGCUCUUGCAGACCCUCUGGGGUGGCUUUAUAGCUGCCUCCCGGCACUCCUGGUUGUUGUAAACCUGUAGGCACGAAGGAUGUGUCGGGGCCCACUCUGAACCUGUUCCAGUCUCGGGCUGUCUCUCUCUCUGUCUCUGUUUUCUCAGUCAGUCUCCAAAGCAGGCGCUGAAACUAUUGCCACAAGCAUGUGCAAGUGUGUCGCUUACAGUUUUCAUCGACUCGUUUGCUCGUUGCUCGUUUGAGAAGUCGAAAGGUUUACCCAGGAGACGGAAAAUCCGGAAAAAGAGACGAGAGAUGCCUGCAAAGAAAAAAGUUGAAGGCAAAGCUAAAGCCGGGAGUGGGGAGUCGCUGCGUGGGGAUACAGGAUCUGCGGCAACCGCGACUGUGGUUCGGCGCCAAAUGCCGCCGCGCGCCUACAAGAGCAAGAGCCAGAGCGCCGCCAGUCCCAGUCUUAGUCCCAGCCGCCAGCAGCCCAGCCGCUAGCAGCCCAGCCGCCAGCAGCCCAGCCGCCUGGCCAAGAAGCCCAGCCAGACGCCGACCACCGGUUCCCAGGCGCCAUCGCAGACCAUCGCAAAGUCGAGGCCCACCGGUCUCGAGACGAUUUUUGAGCGGCCCGGCGAUGAGGACGCCGCCCAGGGUGAGGACGACGGCCCGACCAGCAGCCAUGCCGUGGCAUUCGGCAAGGGCCAGCGCCGCGGCCUCGCCCUGGGUGCGGGCGAAGAAGCGCUGCCUGAAGGUGCGCAACACCUUGGGCGAACGCAGCACCAAGCACAUGAUGACAAUGCGGGCGUUCCGCGUUACUUUUGACAGCGUAAUGCGCGGGGACUCGGACGAUGAAGGCGAGUCGGUCGGAGUCGCUCCCGCAGUAGCUCCCGCAGUCGCUCCCGCAGUCGCUCCCGCAGUCGCUCCCGCAGUCGCUCCUGCAGUCGCUCCUGCAAUCGCUGCCGUAGCUGCUCCCGGAGUCGCUCCCGUAGCUGCUCCCGGAGUCGCUCCCGCUGGAGGAAACGCCGGUACAAAGCAGCCGGCACCAUUCGUGCGGCGCACCAGGAGGAGGCUCAAGAGUCUGCCUCCGUUUUAGAUUGUUGCACCUUCCACCCUCCACCUUCCCGAAUGCAAUUCUCGUACAAAAUUAAAGAAAAAGAAUAAAGAAAAGAAAAGAAAAACCCUCUACAGAAUGUCUCUUUUGCUCUCAUUGUAAAUUGAAGCGCCUCUUUCGGCGGAACCUACCCCAAGAACGGAAAGCGGAGAUCAAUUAGAAUUGUGAACCCCAAAGCGAGCGAUUGAUACGAUACACUCACGAGUACUCAUGCCCAAGCCCGAGCCCGAGCCCGAGUACUCUGUCCAGCAUCCACAUCGGGGAAUCAACAUAAAUGGGUGGCUCCGCGGACGGUGUUCCAGCAGUCGCGCUUGGGCGGUCGGAGUGAGCAGUAACGGAUCUUCUGCAGAAAUCACUGCAUAGAUACUGUUGUGAAAUCCUCGA